UAUAUUCUGUAAUUCAAAAACAGAACAAAAGAGCAAAGUGUACCGGAGUCAAAUUCCUUGUUUGUAUGUACGAACUUGGCAAUAAAGCUGAUUCUGAUUCUGAUUUAUGUAUUUUUGAGCAUUAAUGGUGCUUUUACAGAUGUGCCAGUUAACCAUGCCAUGGGCACUAACACCUCCCCAUACCAUUGCAGAUGCUGGCUUUUGAACUUUGUGCUGAUAACAAUCCAUAUAGUCCUUUUCCUCUUUGGCCCGGAGGACACGACAUCCAUGAUUCCAAAAACAAUUAGAAAUGUGGAUUCAUCAGACCACAGCACACUUUUUCACUUUGCGUCAGUCCAUCUCAGAUGAGCUCGAAGCCAGAGAAGCCGAUGGCGUUUCUAGGUGUUGUUGAUAUAUGGCUUUGCGUUGCAUGGUAGAGAUUUCACUUGCAAUUGCAGAGACAAACUGUGUCAAAUGACAGUGAUUUUCUGAAGUGUUUUUGAGCCCAUGUGGUAAUAUCUGUCAUAGAAUGAUAUCAGAUUUUAAUCUAGUGCCUCCUAAGGGAUUGGAAGUCACAGGCAUUCAAUGUUAGUUUUUGGCCUUGCUGCUUACGUGCAGAUUUCUCCAGAUUCUCUAAACCUUUGGACAAUACUAUGGACAAUAGAUGAUGAAAUCCUUAAAUUCCUUGGAACUGUUGGUUGAGAAAAGCUGUUCUUAAAUUGUUGGACCACUUGCUUACGCUGUUGUUCACAAAGUGGUGAAACUUGUCCCAUCCUUGCUUGUGAACGACUCAGCUUUCGGGAUGCUCCUUAUAUACCCAAUUUUGACCCUCACCUGUUUCCAGUUAACCUGUUCACCUGUGGAAUGAUCCAAACAGGUGUUUUUUGAGCAUUCCUAAACUUUCCCAGUCCUUCGUUGCCCCUGUCCCAGCUGUUUUAAAAUGUUUUGCAAGAAUGAAAUUCAAAAUGAGAGAAUAUUUACAAAAAAAAACAAUAACAUUUUCAGUUUGAACAUUAAAUAUCUUGUCAUUGUAAUGUAUUUAAUUGCAAAUAGGUUGAACAGGAUUGUUUUUGCUGUUUUUAUUGAUAACGUCCUAUUCCUAUUGGAAUUGGAGUUAUAUAUUCUUUCUUUAUACAGUGGAAACCAGAUAAUUUCAUACUCUGUAUAAACCCAGAACAAAAGCAAAAGACCUUGUAAAGAUGCUGGCUGAAGCUGGUGAAUGAGAGUGCUGAAAUGACAUGGAUUUAAAGGCCAGUCAGAAAGCAAGAAGCCAUUAAUUCAAAAGCAACCUAAAACAGCAGAUUAAAGUUCAUAAAUGCUCUUGGGAACAAAGACCUAAAUUUUUAGAGACAUGUCCUGUGGUCUAAUAAAAUUCAAACUAAAGUGUCUGCAAUCCCAAGGACACCAUCUCAUCUCUGACGUACGGGGGUGACACCAUGAGGAAAGAAAAUUUUGUGAAACUAUUGAAACAACAUCUCAAGACAUCAGUCAGAAAGUUAAUGUUUGAGGGCAAAUGGAUCUUCUAAAUUGACAAUGACUCUAAGUAUACCACCAAUGUAUUUACGGAGUAAGUGUAUCGUGGAGUGGCCAUCUCAAUGCCCUAAUAUCAGUCAGAUAGACAAUUUGUGGUCAGAGCUGAAAAGGUGUGUUUGAGCAAAUCUGAGUCGAUCGCACCAGUUCUGGCAGGAGAAAUGGAUCAAAAUUCCAACAAGCUAUUGUAAGACGUUUGUGACAGGAUAUGCAAAACAUCUGAGCCAAGGCAUACCAUAUAAAAGGCAAUUCUACAUAAUAUGAAGAAAAUGCAUGUAAAAUAUUCUCUCUCUUUCUUCUGAUAUUUAGGUUAUUUGUCUUUUUAUAAAGUGUAUUUGAAUAUCUGGUUUCAGCUGCAGAGCCAGACUAGCAAAGUGAAUAACGUGUGAUGUCCCGGAUUAGUUUUACACUCAUCCUAUUACCAUGUUGUCCUGGUGCAUUAUUGAGAAGUAUUAUUUCAGUAGGUUGCUGUUAUAACCAAAGGAAACAUUAUCAUCAUUAGAUAAAGGAAAUAACUUGAUCUUUCUUAUAGAGCCAAUAAUACAUCUCAUUUCUUUUUCCUGUAUUCAAAGCGAGGGAAGAGGGGGGGAUGGAGGGAUUUAUCAUAAAAAUCUAUAAAAGCUAGGAAGGCAGGGUAUUUCACUAAGCCUAAUAAUCCCAUUAUGAUCCCAAUGAAAAAAAGCUUUCAGUGAAAGCACGGCGCAUUGACGCAAGCAUUUCUUGACGUCAGUAGCUGCAGUGAACGAGGGAUGGGCGGAGGGUAGAGUAAGGCGAGGGGGGUGGGGGUGAGGGGGCAGAAAGGCGUGUUUUAACUUCCCGUCAGAAAAUACCAGCGUCAAAUGCAUGAAUGCAACUGUAGUUCGAUGCAAGAAGGCGACGAAAAAUGCUCACUCUGACGUCCGAGCGUGCACAUUUUAGAGUAACAGUGUAGGUGCUGCAGCUGUGGAAAUCUAAACCAGAUGUAGUGAAUGGAAAAACGAUCCUCUGGCCCGGGAGUGCUCAUAAAUACAUCAACAUACGAGGGCAUGAAAGAGAGGCUUCAGGCACCCAUCUGUGUCUCCCUUGACAGGACAUUUAAUGUAUCAGAAAAUAAUCUUAGAAGGUCUGCGCAGUUUCCCUCUAAAGGGGCAAUGUUUCUUCAAAAUAGAUUUGAGAGAUGAGUGGAGUGGAAGUGAAGUGAAGGGAAGGGAAAACUGCUGUCAGGCAUUUUGUGAGAGCCAGAGUGGUGGCGUCAUUGGAUCUUUUCUAGUCUUGCUGCAUUUAUUCAAAGCUUAUUCUCAAGUUGCUCCAUGGCUCAAGUGAAAGCAAACCUGUCCGCCCAAGGACUUGCUCUCACAACAUAAUGCCCGUUUUUUUUUUUUAUGUUACUCUGACAUUUGGAUCAGGAAUGUUAAGGCAGUCACAGACAAAUAGGCUCUUGUCUGUUCUUCUCCCCACUUUUACAAACGUUGCACAUCUACCUGCUGCUCGUCUGAAAAGAGGUCAAAGGCUCCUCACAUGGUUUGGUGUAGUCUAAGGAGCACUGCAGCCAGAUAAUCUACGUUUACACUGCCCUUUUUUUUUUUUUUUUACUGAAAAUACCCAAGAGUUUCCGUGCGUCAUUCCUGAUUAGACUUGGAGUCUGACGUCGCCAGCGCAGCAUUCAAGAAGAAAAUAUCUCACAGAAAUUUUAAAGUCUAACAUCUUUUUUUAAUCCCAUCCGUAGUGACGGAAAUUUGUUUUUCUUUUUUUUUCCAAUAGACGCGGAUCAACAAAUUGCCGUCAGUGCGUAAUUUCCAUCUGACCAGAGUCCAAGCAUAAUCCGACAGCGACACACGUGAUCCACAAAAUCUCUUCAGCUUCAAAUGGUUUUUUUCAUCUCAUCUGGCUGAAAGAACAAGAAAAAAUAAGCCGUGGACAAUCCUGUGAAAUCAUCUUGUCCAACAGUUAGUCUGAAGCUCCAAGAGUUGAUCGGCUCCAUGCCUUGCCGCGUCUCCAGAUGCCCGCUUGGCCGGUGCUCGGCAACUUUGCGCACCGAAAGAGGCUCACAGCAGAGACGGGAUCUGAAUGAAUGCGGCUGAAAUUUCCCGCAUCUCUCUUUUCGUUUCCUCAAGACUGUUGAAUGUGUUUUAUAUCCCGCCGGGUGAAAACAUCUCUCGCUAUCAGCAGAUAUAGAUAUACAUAAGAUUCGGCGGCGCAUACAGUCCAUCACCGGAACAGGGGAGCGGCAGAUGUCGAAGAAACGGAAAAGUCCUGAUGACCAGGGCAUCCAAGAAUCUCCCCCUGCACGGAGCAGCGAGCAGCAAGGCUUGACAGAUGAGAAAGUGAAGGCCUACCUCGCGCUGCACCCGCAGAUGCUGGACGAAUUUGUGUUGGAGAGCGUGAGUGCUGAGACGUUGGACAGAUGGCUGAAGAGGAAGACCAGCAGCAGGCCUGCAGAUGACACAUCAACUAAAGAAGUCAGCAGGCAGUACCAGGACACAAACAUGCAGGGUGUGGUGUAUGAACUCAACAGCUUCAUGGAGCAGCGUCUGGACACUGGAGGAGACAACAAACUCCUGCUCUAUGAGUUGUCCAACAUAAUCAAAACAGCAACAAAAGCUGAUAGUUUUGCACUUUAUUUCUUGGGAGAAUGCAACAAUAGUUUAUGUUUAUACACUCCACGGGGGGCCAAGGAUGGCCAUCCAAGCCUCGUCCCGUCUGGCCCCAUCGCAUACGGGACAACCAUUGCCGCUUACGUUGCCAAGACUCACAAAACAUUGCUAGUGGAGGACAUUAAGGGGGACGAGCGAUUUCCGGACGGCACAGGGCAGGACUCAGGGAUCCAUGUUCACUCUGCCUUGUGUCUCCCCAUCCUCACUGCCAUUGGGGACCUCAUCGCCAUCCUGGAGCUGCAUCGGCACUGGGGCAGGGAGCCUUUCAAACUAAGACACCAAGAGGUUGCAACAGCAAAUUUAGCUUGGGCAUCUGUUGCCAUUCAUCAAGUACAGAUGUGCAGAGGCCUUGCCAAACAGACUGAGCUUAAUGACUUCCUACUAGAUGUGUCAAAAACAUACUUUGAUAACAUUGUGGCAAUAGAUUCUCUACUUGAACAUAUUAUGAUAUAUGCAAAAAACCUGGUGAAUGCAGACAGGUGUGCGCUCUUCCAGGUAGAUCACAGCAACAAAGAACUGUACUCCGACCUGUUCGACAUCGGAGAAGAGAAAGAAGGCAAACCAGUGUUUAGGAAAACAAAAGAAAUAAGGUUUUCCAUAGACAAAGGAAUAGCUGGCCAAGUAGCUCGGACAGGGGAAGUCUUAAAUAUCCCAGAUGCCUAUGCAGACCCACGGUUCAACCGAGAGGUAGACCUCAAAACUGGCUACACCACGCGGAACAUCCUGUGCAUGCCCAUUGUGAGCAGGGGGACCGUUAUCGGUGUGGUGCAAAUGGUGAACAAGCUAAGCGGAAGUGCCUUCACUAAAACCGAUGAGAACAACUUCAAGAUGUUUGCUGUCUUUUGUGCUCUGGCCUUACACUGUGCAAAUAUGUACCACAGGAUCCGGCACUCUGAAUGCAUCUACAGAGUGACGAUGGAAAAGCUGUCUUAUCACAGCAUCUGCACCUCAGAGGAGUGGAAGACCCUCACCCAGCUCAACCUUCCCGAACCCAUUUACAAAGAAAUUGAAACGUUUCAAUUUGACAUCAAUCCCUUUGAGGAAAUCUGGCCUGCUGUCUUCAUCUACAUGGUUCAUAACUCUUGUGGAAAGAACAGCUUUGAGCUGGAGAAGCUCUGUAGAUUCACCAUGUCUGUACGAAAAAACUACCGCCGUGUGCCCUACCACAACUGGAAGCACGCGGUGACAGUGUCGCACUGUAUGUACGCCAUCCUACAGAAAACCACGGGGAUCUUCACAGAGCUAGAGAAGAAGGGUUUGUUGAUAGCCUGUCUGUGUCACGAUCUGGAUCAUCGAGGUUACAGCAACACAUACUUGCAGAAGUUUGACCAUCCAUUGGCUGCUCUAUACUCCACCUCCACCAUGGAGCAGCACCACUUCUCCCAGACUGUCUCCAUCCUGCAGCUGGAAGGGCACAAUAUUUUCUCCAACCUGAAUUCCAGCGAAUACGAGCAGGUCCUGGAGAUCAUUCGGAAGGCCAUCAUCGCCACCGACCUAGCCCUGUACUUCAACAACCACCAGCAGCUGACAGAGCUCCUGACCAAGGGCGGGCUAGACCUGAACAACCACUCGCACAGGGACCGUGUGAUUGGUCUGAUGAUGACAGCAUGUGACCUUUGUUCUGUUACCAAGCGGUGGCAAGUCACACGACUCACAGCUAACGACAUCUAUGCUGAGUUCUGGGCUGAGGGAGAUGAAAUGAAGAAGAUUGGAAUUCAACCAAUCCCUAUGAUGGACAGAGACAAGAAGGAUGAGGUUCCCCAGGGCCAAGUGGGAUUCUACAACGCUGUGGCAGUUCCAUGCUACUCGACACUUUCAGAGCUUUUCCCUCCAUCCGGUCCUCUCUUAAAAGCCUGCAAGGAGAACCUGAAUCAUUGGGAGCAGAUUGCACGAGGAGAGCUGGAGGACAUUCUGCCCAGCCGGCCCUGUGAUCCAGGCCCUGUGAAGGUGGAUAACUGACUACCAAAGGGGUCUCUGACCCAACAAAGAAAUAUACAAACUGAAUCCCGCCACGGACCUGGACAUUUUACAGGGGGGAGUGGGGUCGGGUGGGGUGGAGGAGGCAGGAAAGUACCACAUCCUGUGUUAGCAGGAGUUUGACUCGCUGAAAGCAGCUUGACUUUGAAAAACACACAGUUACCUCAUUGGGUGACGGAAGUGUCCACACUGACGGUUUCACCGAUCCCAGAGACUGACAGACAUUCGUCGGGGAGGGAUUUCAGCCCAUCACCCUGCGUCCUCUCAGCUUGGGAAAUUUAAUUUGAUAGAACGGCCUUGAGUCAUUUCCUGUAUUUUAUUUUUAAUUUCUAUUAUUAUUUUAAUUAUUUUGGCUAUUUCUUGUUAUUUUCCUUCAUUUGAACUGAUCCUGUUAUGGUCUUGUAUUUGAAGAGGCCUUAAUCUAGACCUUUAACAGGCUAGGAUAUGUGAAUUUUUCUUUUCAGUUUAGGCUCUUUUGAAAUGGUACUGUUUGCCUUCUGUGUUGAGUUUAUUGCACGUGCACUACUUAAGCAAGUUAUUCCCAGAGACAGAAGGAAUGUGUAGAGCAGAUGUCUGGUGUAGCGACACCUUAUUGAGAAGGUGGACAUUAGAAUGUGUUUGCAAUUACAUUUCUUUUUUUAGCAAAUAUCCUUCGCAGUACUUGAAUAAACGCAGCCUGUUCUAUGUGGAGAUUGCAGAAAUCCCCUAGAAACAUGGAUGAACUGUGAUGUUGAUGUUAGUACAGUCAUGAGAGAGUCACAUUGUUUAAAGUGUGAGGUAGUCCCUGGAGCUCCUCUCCCCUGAGCAUUUAGGAACCAGCUGCACCAACAUCCCUCUGAUCACCAGGAUUUUUUUAAAGCAAGACUGCAUAAUCCGUAAUUUGUACUCACUUAUCCCUCUCAUUUAUCGCAUCAUAAAUUACACUUGUCUUCAAAGUAAUAGCAGUGUGUUUAAAAAAAGUAAAUAAGCUUAAAAUCCCUUCAUAAUAGCUUUUUUUCUCCGUACAUGAAAAUACAUUGGGAACAUGGCAUUAUCUAUUCCAAAACAGGAAGAAAAAUUCACCAAAUCUGUUAUCGUUUUACAGAAAUUGAGGAAAAAGAAAUAUUAGGCUGUUCAAAACGAUAAGUGUCUCCAUUUUUCUUUUCAAGCUCAAACAUGCUCCUGUGAAUCACUGAACUGAUAUUUAGCUGUGUAAUCACUGCUUCUGAGAACUGCUUCACAUCUGUGUCGCAUGGAGCCGACCCAACUUCUGUCACCAGUGAACAGGUACUCCAGCCCAGGCAUUUGGACCGCAUUCCACAAUUCCUCUGAAUUUCUCAGUCUUGUCUCAGAAACGGCACAUUUGAUGUCGUCACUCCACGAGUUUUCAAUCAAAUAAGAGUGUUGGGAUUGUCCUGGUCAUUAAGUCUUGCUGGUCUGGAACCAGGAUGCUGUUCCCUUACUGGUGUGUUUGAAGUUGUAGUCUUGUUAACUAUUGGCUGAAUUUAUUUAAAUUACAUAAAAAAUUGUAUGAAAAAAUAAAAUUUGUAUGUUUUACUUAGUUUUUUCUGUCAAACAGAUUCUAAAUUAAGAGGAGAUGUUUCAUUUGAAUGUAGUCAGUGCUAUAGAUUUAAGCGUAGGUGUUUAGUAUGCAAAUUAGAGAUAUCAAGCAUAAUCUGGCACAAAUAAGACCAGGGGGCAGCAAAGUGUUGGCAAUAUAUAUACAUGUAGGAUAUGCAUCAAUGGGCGCAGCACGUGGUGAAGAGGUAGAGCAUGCGCACCAUAUACAGAGGCUAUGAGUCCUCGAACCCGUGUCCAGGAUGUGAUUCCCAACCCCGGGACCUUUGCUACAUGUCUUCCCAACCCUCUCUCUCCGCCCAUUUCCUUUCUAAAUACUGCAAAAUAAAAGCCACUAGUACUACAAAAUAACAUUUUAUAUAUACACUAUAUAUUUAUAGACUAUAUAUGCUUCAGCCAGCAUUAAUGGUAUACAUAUACUAUGUGGUAUUUUGAGGCUAAUGUAUGACAGUAGACUACAUAGGGUCAAAGAAACCACAUUUGAGGAAAUUUCUUUAACACCAUGGGGCAACAUUAUGUCUUUAAGUAUUUUGAUGUUUUAAAACUGAUCUGGGGAUAAAUAGGUCUGACUCCAUAGUAUAUUUAACAUCCCCAUGUCAUGGUCUAUGAACCACCAUGCUUUACAGGUGGCUCCAAAAAACAACCUUGGUUUCAUCUGUCCAUUAAAUGUCCACCAUUUGUCUUUGGGGCAGUCGGUGUGUUCUUUGACAAACUUUAACCAUGUUGUUUUGUUCUACUAUGGGACUCUGCAGGGGCUUCUUGCUGAAGGAUUGGCUUCAAUAGCCAUCUUUAAUUGUUACAGUUCUCACAGGUAGCUGCAGAUCACCCUGGAGCUGAUCAUUUGGCUCGUUUAUGAGCCUUUGCUAUUUUGCCUAUUCUUUGAUCCACUGGAAUGGUAGUUCUCCAUUUUCUGCCACGUCUUUCUGGUUUUGGUUUCCAUUUUAAAACAUUUGAGAAAACAUUUAACAUUUAGAAAAUAAAUUUACUGAGAGUUUUAGAGGAAUGCACCAUAACUGGCAUGUCCAACAUUUGCUGCCUUCAGCCUUAAUUAAGAGCCUCUUGUUUAACAUCUGUUUGUCCAUAGAAUAAAUAAUCUCACUUCUUUACAAAGAUAUUAUUUUGAACCCGUUAUCAGACAGCAUGCGUGUCAUGACUGUUCAGUCUGUUGGUCUUCUGUUACUCUACUACACCUACUAGUGAAUUAUUUGCCAUGUAGAAAUAUAAUUUCUUCCAGAAACGGGGAGAUCUCUAUAAGUGAUAAUGGACUGCUGUUAUUUUGAACACAUCUGUAUUUCACCCCACAAAGCACAUAAACAAUUGUAUUUUUUUAAGCGGACAUGCAGGAAUAACACCAGGCAGUCAUGAACAUCAUUAAAAGCUUCCUGUGAUUUCAACAAAGUUAAAUCAUGUCUCUGGGACUGUAACUCAAGAGUGUUGUUUGACUUUUUGCCACUGUGUGACACACAGGCUGUAGAAAGAAAUAAUUAUUUUCCUAAAUCAAACUAGAAGAUACUUUGGGACUCUUUUAGUAAGUUUCCAAGAUCUUCCAAGAGACAAGCUGUUUUGUCCACCAUUUUUCCAGACUCAAAUUUCUGCUCGAUCCUUUUAUUUUUUUGUCUGUUUGUUUCAUUUUUGUUGUGCGGCUGGUACCGAGGCCUCUCGAGUGUUGUGAAUGUAUCAUUUUGAGGAAUGUUUUCAUUGGUUGCAGAUUCUGGGUGGCGCUGCGUGGAUUCAUCUGCACCAUCAGUUUCCUCCAUGUGCUCUGUCUUACUUUUCAAAGUUGCUUCCAGUGAGCUUCAACCAAGAGCAACAAUUAGCAUGCACCAUUUAAAACCUAGGAGGAGAUGUAUGCUCUGAUGGUGCUAAAUGGAACGGCUGUCGUGCACUUUUUUACUAGGUUUCUGUGUGUGUGUGUGUGUGUGUGUGUGUGUGAACGCCUUCCUCCUUUAAUCACUCUAACCCCACCAGACAACUUUGUAAAGUCACUGCACUGUCCCUCCUUUUCUCAGCACCAGUUAUAACUCGUUGUCUGCACUAUGUUUAGCUUAUGAUCUUUAUCAUCAUCAUUAUUAUUAUUAUUGCUAUUAUUACUAUUGUUAUUUUCUUAAUUAGAGUUAAAUUUAAAUUAACUUAUAUUUUUUAUACAAAGAAGAAUAAUGUUUGCCUUUUUUUUUUGUUUUGUACAAAGUAAACAUUAAGAUAAAUUAAACAGUCUAGACAUGUUACUGUUACCCAGAAUAACUGAGGAAUGUCUCAACUGUAAAUGUAAGAGCCGUAGCCCAAAUGACUUUUAUUAAAUACGUCUUUGAAAAACAA